AUGCAGGCCCUCCACUCACCAAUUUUCCAUGUCUCUCACAUUGAACCCUUCUUCCUUGGAGAAUCCCCAAAGUUUUAUGGUGAAAGAAAGAGAUGCCACAUGAAGAAGAAGAAUAAGAACAACACAAAGCCAUGGAUGCCUAUAUCUGCAUCAGUUGUUGUUGUUCCUAAGACAUCCUCUGCUCCUAAAAGAGAGAAAGACCCAAAGAAACGUGUUGUUAUCACUGGGAUGGGUGUCGUCUCUGUUUUUGGCAACGAUGUAGAUACCUACUAUGACUCCCUCCUUGAAGGCAAGAGUGGAAUCAGACCCAUUGAUCGCUUCGACAUUUCUGAAUUCCCUACUCAAUUUGCCGGCCAAAUUCAUGGAUUCACUCCUGAAGAUUAUAUCAACAAGAAACAAGAACGCCAACUUGAGAAUCAUCAUCAAUACGGCAUUGUUGCAGGCAUGAAAGCUCUCAAGAAUGCAGACCUGGACAGCCAUAACUUAUCAAAGAUUAACAAAGAACGAGCUUCUGUGAUUAUUGGGACAGCCUUCGGUGGUUGUGCAGUGAUUAACAAAUCAAUUCUAACUUUAAUAGAGAAAGGCCAUAGAAGGCUAACUCCAUAUCUGGUUAUUAACUCAAUUACAAACAUGACUCCUGGGUUACUUGCAAUUGAUUUGGGUUUUAUGGGUCCAACCUAUUCGAUUUCAACUGCUUGUUCUACUGCAAAUCAUUGCUUCUAUGCUGCUGCUAACCACAUCAGGGAAGGAGAUGUUGAUUUAGUUAUAGCUGGUGGAACUGAUUCACCAAUUGUUCCUGUUUGCUUGGGGGGUUUUAUAACUAGUGGAGCUUUGUCUCAAAGAAAUGGUGAUCCACAAACUGCUUCAAGGCCUUGGGAUAAAGAUCGAGAUGGACUUGUUUUAGGUGAAGGUGCUGGAGUUUUGGUAAUGGAGAGCUUGGAACAUGCAAUGAAGCGUGGGGCACCGAUUAUUGCUGAAUACUUGGGGGGUGCAGUUAACUUUGAUGCACACCAUUUGACUAAUCCCAGAGCAGAUGGACUUGGUAUUUCAUUAUGUAUCCAAAGAUGCCUUCAAAAUGCCCGUGUAUCACCAGAGGAGGUUAACUGUAUAAAUGCACAUGCAACUUCUACAAUUGUUGGUGACCAAGCAGAGGUGAAUGCCAUAAAACAAGUAUUCAAGGAUACUUCAGAGAUCAAAAUAAAUGCUACCAAGUCUAUGAUAGGUCACAGUUUUGGUGCUGCUGGGGCUCUAGAAGCCAUUGCUGUUUUAAAAUCCAUAACUAUGGGGUGGCUACAUCCAACAAUAAACCAAUUUAAUGUUGAGCCUUCUGUGGAAUUUGAUACAGUUGCAAACAAAAAGAAGCAACAUGAAGUGAAUAUUGGGAUUUCCAAUUCUUUUGGUUUUGGAGGGCACAACUCGGUAGUGGCAUUUUCAGCAUUCAAGCCUUAAUCAUCCCCCAUUAAUAUUGCAUGGCCAGCUGCCUCAAAAUUUAUUUUCAUGUACUUGUAGCGAACUUUGAAUUAUUUAUGUAUGUUCCAUG